UUGCUUCUCUUGGUGUCUCUAAUGGCGUCGAAAGGAGCGGCAGCGAGCCCGGCGGCGCUGAGGGCCUCGUCGGAGAUGGAGAAGAUGAGCUUGGAACAGCUUAAAGCCAUCAAGGAGCAGACGGAUCUGGAGGUCAACCUCCUCCAGGACAGUCUCAACAACAUCCGCACCGCCGCCACUCGCCUCGAGCACGCCUCCACCGCUCUCAAUGACCUCUCUCUCCGUCCUCGGGGCAAACAGAUGCUUGUCCCCCUCACUGCCUCCCUCUACGUCCCUGGCACGCUUGAUGACUCCGAGAAGGUCCUCAUCGAUGUCGGCACUGGAUACUUCAUCGAGAAAACGAUGGAUGAAGGCAAGGAUUACUGUAAUAGGAAAAUCAGUUUGCUGAAAUCUAAUUUUGAUGAACUUGUCGAGGUAGCUUCGAAGAAGAAAAGUAUCGCCGACGAAGCUGGCCUUAUCCUACAAGCAAAACUGAGACAGGCAUCAACUACUUCAUGAUAGUAUUUAACUUUGGCACUUACCUUUGUGGUCUGUAAUGCCGGUUUCUGAAAACUAAUGCUUAUGUUGUGGUCUUGUUCACAAAUCGCUUCUUUGCAUCCCUUGUAACUUUUAUUCAUGACCAGCUUGUUUGAUGGAUCUAUAAUGGAAAACUGGGUUAUUUUUUGUAAGAAAUUUACCAUAGUGAAUCUAUUUAACUGGCAGGUUUUCUAAUAA